GUUUCGUCACAUCCGCUACACCUUAAGGGAUAUAUGUGGUUAUAAAAGAGGACCUCUUCAUAUGAAGUGGUUGAUAGAAGGCGUAGUGAUUAUCAGUUGAGUGGUCAAAUGCAAGCACACCUCUUAAAAUCCAGAGGUAACAUAGAUAAUCACACAGCUAGCUAUUGACGUCUCAACAGGUUCACAGAAGUGUUAAAAAUCAUUUAAAACAUGGCAUCGUCCUCUCAUGUUUUUCCGGUUGUGUGGAUAUUUUUCAUUUUCGGUUCUACAACGUCAACAACAGCAGCAACGGUUUCUAGUAAUGCUGACACAACUACAUUAGCAAUCAGUUCAGCACCGACAAGUUUUCCUUCUGCUGCGUCAUCAUCACAAACACCAGAUUUUUCAGACAGUUCACCGUCCUCGACCUCUAAUUCUCCGUUUACUUCACUGUCCUCAGCAUCAGAUCUUUCAGUCACUUCGUUGAACCCCGACUCAUCAGGCACUUCACCGUAUCCGACAGCAGAUCCUUCCAGUACUUCUAUGUUCACAACUACAGACUAUUCAGGCACUUCACAAUCUUCAACAAUAGAUCCUUCCAGCUCUUCACCAUCCUCAACGUCUGACUCAUCAGACACUUCAUCAUCUCCGACAUUAGAUUCUUCCAGUACUACAGCAUCAUUGACAUCAAAUCCUUCCAGCACUUCUCCGUCCUCAGCGUCAGAUUCUUCAGCCACACCCACGUCAACGAUUUCAUCAUCGUCAUCGACAACUAACUCAAGGUCUUCAUCAACAGAAAUAACGACAUCUUCAGCAAUCACUUCGGCUCCGUCAACUGCAACCACGGCGACAACUCUAUCCAUGUCAUCGCCAACCACAACUGCACCACUAACAACGGAACCUACAUCCACUUCAGCAAUACCAACCACGUCGAUAACUGAAUCCUGGUCUUCGCCCACGUCGACUACGCGUCAUUCGACAGCUGCAUCGACAACCACUUCGGCUCCAUCAACUACAAUAACAUCAACAACCCUAGCUCAAUCGCCCACCACAUCUACACCUCACCCUACAACCCAUUCAGCUCCACCAACUACUAUCACAUCAACAACCCUUACUCCAUUGCCAACCACACCUACACCUCACCCUUCAACCCCUUCAGCUUCACCAACUUUAAUCACAUCAACAACCCUUACUCCAUUGCCAACCACAUCUACACCUCACCCUACAACCCCUUCAGCUCCACCAACUACAAUCACAUCAACAACCCUUACUCCAUUGCCCACCACAUCUACCCCCCACCCUACAACCCCUUCAGCUUCACCAACUACAAUCACAUCAACAACCCUUACUCCAUUGCCAACCACAUCUACACCUCACCCUACAACCCCUUCAGCUCCACCAACUACAAUCACAUCAACAACCUCAACUCCAUUACCCACCACAUCUACACCUCACCCUACAACCCCUUCAGCUCCACCAACCGCGUCAACAACUGGAUCCGUGUCAUCGUCCACCCAAACUACACCUCAAAUGACAUCUGCAACCACUUCAUCUACUGCGACAACUACAACUCCAAUGGCAACUAAAACUCCAACGGCAACUCCAUCCACAAGCACAACGACUUCCAGUUCUUCAUCACCAACAGCUACUCAACCAACCAAACCGGCAAUGACAACAAGCACAUCUACUCCUAAAGUUACGUCUAUCGUAACUGCUGGGACAACAACCACUAGAUCUACCGUGCAUCCCUCAUCACCACCUACUUCACGUCCUACUUCUGAUGUAGUCAGUACGCCACAAAUAACUACAAUGACAAAUCCUGUGCCACCAGAUUUAUCUAGAAACAAGGGAUCUAGGAUGGAUUGUUCAGUGCUGACGGGAGUUCUGAUACUGCUAGCUAACAUGUGGCUGACCUAAUGAUUUCUAACCAGAUUACAUUAUUUCUUUUAGUUUCAUCUUUUUAGCUGAACAAAGUGGGGUUUUAAACCACUGCAAAAACAUUAAUUCCGAAAAUAUAAAAAUAUUGCUUUCUUACAAAGAGUACAUAAAUCUAACCAAUUGUUGUCAUUGUAUACUAAAAAGAUUAGAUAAGAACUACUAAACUGUUAAUAUUUUAACCCUUUCACCACUCUAGACCAUUAUGGACUCAGAUAAAUGUAUGGUCGAGUCAACUGAAGAAACCUAGGGAUGAAAGGGUUAAAUAAAACGAGAAUCUUGUCUAUGAUACAUGCCAUUUCAAAUAACAUUAGUUUUUUUAGUUUUUAGUUUCCUACAAACUUUGGAUUCUGGAUGCAUAGAUGUAAUGUUUAAUACAUACGACCGAUUCAAAACACGGCUAGUAAGAGGCUUCAAGUGAGACAUUCGAUGGUUGAUAUGACAUCCACUUCACCAGCUCCUUGGCUGUAACAUUACUAAGCAUGGGGCAACACAUUUUCGGGAGAUGUAAAGUUAGAUAUUGUACUUUUUUCACAAUCUUGCUCUUGCUCAAUGUGCAUUUGAGUAAAGGUUCACCAUCAGUUUGAUUUAUAGAGACAUGCAAUAUAUUCUCAGAAUUGUUUGCAAAAUGCUGUCGAGAAACUGCAUGAUUUCAACAUUAAUGCAAAAUGAUAACCAAUUAAUGAUAACAGAUUUUUUGUGUGACUAGCUAUUAAUGUAAGAAAAUAUAUGUUAUACUUUUUCCUCGACUUAGAUAUCGACUUUUUGGUAAAUAGCUUUUAUUACUUUAUCAAAAGUAUGAAAUGAAGACUCUAAUCCCGUUAGGACAAAAAUGAAAACGGAAAGAUACCUAAUAAUGCACCAGAUGAGCAGUAAACUUGCAUUAGAAUAGAGCCUGAAGUACCACUAAUCCUUCCUAAUGGUAACUUGUGUAGUAACUGUUAACUUUGUUUUGCUUUCUGAAUCGAUUUGGCUAAACUUUUUAAAAGUUGUUCCUUACAUACUUUUCUAACGAUUAUUUGCGUGGUAUUGCUAUUCUGAUAUCCAUGUAAAACAUAGCGCUAACAACGAGGAUGUCAGAUUGCUGAUGUCAUCACCAUUAUAGCGUCGUACACAUUUUUUAACACAUGCUUGCAAACUUAUUGAAAAAGCAUAUACAUACAUGUACAUUGUUUAUAGUGAAUAUGAAUAUAUCCGUCCCUAUUUUAAUUGAAGCGUGCUUCGUAAAUUGUUAUCGUGUCAUAUUUUCCCGUUAAUUUUAUAAAUAGAUUUUUUUUAUACUACAAAUUACCUUUAAGCCAAUUUGACACGACGUUAGUACAUUGUUAAAUCACGUCCGUAAGCUUCGAUAGAUGUCUACGAGUAUAUUUUUUAUUGAACCAAUGAAAUGUCCUUGUUGCAUUGCCUAUAUAUAUAAUAUAUUUUAAUCGAUGAAUGUAUUCGCACAACAAAAUGUUAAGUUAUGUAUCACUAGAUGUUUAGAGGCUUUAUAAAAAGACUUAUUUAAUUUAUAAAUAAAUGUUUUUUAUAAAUUAAAUAAACAAGUGCAUGUUAAAUGAAAUCAAGUCAAUAAUGAAAAAUACUGUCCACUGACCACUUUAGUGACAGACGAUAGGCGGUGUGUCUACAUCACCUAAAUGUGUGGACACAACCAUGUACAUAUGUAGCAGCCUACCCUACAUGGUAGGCAGCUGGGGGUACCUAACACCACCAGGUGUAGGUACCAUUAAUCACGUCUUGUCUUGGAGUUUGCACACACACCAGUGGACAAUGAUCCUCUUGCAAUGGUAUGUACAGAUAUAGAGCUUUUUCUCUUCCGCAUCCUUUCAUGUUCUGCAAUGUUUUUAAUAUAUUAUGUUAACCAUCAAAUGGUUUAUAUAACUUGAUCGUUUUGUUCCAGUUUUUAAUGCUAAUAAAUAUUUAAAACAAUCUAAUGAAGGGUUAUUGCUUAGUCGGUCAUUGUAAAAGUGGCGAUGACAGAUAAAAGACUUACAGAGCGCUAAUUAUAAUCACUCCAGGUAAAUAGGAUUA